UUCAAAUUUGAAAGUUUUAUAAAAUUACAUUUCUCAAGGAAGGAGCUACUUUCCAUUUGUAUUGGGACUUUGAGAGAGCAGAAGAUUGCGAGUGAAAUCAAGACACGAUAAACACAAGUCACAGCUCAGGAAUCAAAAAGUGUACCCAUGCUUGAAUGAGUCUGACCGACUUGUAAGAUUAACGAUACAUGGAAAAAUAUAAAAAUGAAAUGGAAAAAAGACUACUCAUCAUGAGGUCAAACGAGCUUGCUGCAUUUGAGUAAAUUAAUUUGCUCAUCUAAUACAUUAAUAAGAUUACAUAAGCAAGAGUUAGUAUUUUUUAACCUGGCAAUCUUGGCGAUCAAUGCAUGUAGUAGGUUCUUCUCAGAAUCAGUCUGAGUUCUCACAGCGCAGCAUAGUUGUUUACUAAAAAAAGAUGAUGAGAUAGGUGUGAGGAGAAGCAUUUUUUUUAAAAAAACAAAAUACAGUUCAUAUACACACCUCGUGAAUCUUAAUACAUUUUUCUCCAACUUAAUAUACCUCUUUAAAAUGGAGAUAGGAGUAAGUAGAAAAAAUUGCAGCAAAAAAAAUGAAAAUGAAGAGUCUGAAAAAAUUAUUUAAAGCAACAAAAAAUGAGAAUGAAGAAAGGAGUGGCCGUGUGCAUUUGUAAUUUCGCGGGCUUCAACCACUAUUACGUCAUGUCUGCAGUGUUGCCGAAUUUCGCGUGGCGCAUGCGUGAAGUGAAAGCUUGCUCUAUGACGCAUCAUGGCUGUCUGAACUUGAUAUUACGUCAUCUUCAUUCAUUUUUCCCGACGUUUCUUGUGAAUUAAUUUGUUGUUCUUCGAGAUUUGUUAUCAGUAUCGCUCCAAUUUUCCCGCAGUUUCGUGAGUUGAGUUCUUCAAAAGUUCGCCGUCCCUUUUAUACAAAAUAGACUUGUUUAUUUUCCAUCCUGAUCGUCAGUGUUAUCAGUAAAUUUAUUACAUUGUUCUGAGAUCACCCCUUGUGAGAGGCUGUUAUCAACAAAUUGUCACAGUAUCCACAGCUGCAGAACUUUUUCUCUCCUAGAGGUGUGAGCGAUUGUCAAAUCCAGUGAUCAUGGUAACAAGUGUAUUACGUACACGUAAUGUGCUUCUCGGGGAAGUUCAAAUGACUAUUUUCUGAUUCCAAUCCUCUCUCGUCAAGUUAUCAAGAAUACAGAAUGGUAGCAAAUUAUUUCUUGAGGCACGGUCAGUUCUGUGCCUCACACCCAUGGGAGGUCAUAGUGGCUACUUUCACUUUGACAGCAUGCAUGCUAGCCAUGGAUUCGAAGCCCGUUCGCAAUGUGACCAUCACAGACGAAAUCAACGCAGCGGAUGUAAUUGUCAUGACCCUUAUCAGGGUCGUAGCAGUUUUGUACAGCUACUAUCAAUUCACAAAUCUCCAGAAACUUGGAUCCAAGUAUAUCUUGGGUAUCACAGGAUUGUUCACAGUUGUUUCUAGUUUCAUGUUCAGUACGAGCGUCAUAAACUUCCUGCAUGGCGACAUAUCGGAUUUAAAGGAUGCUCUCUUCUUUUUCCUUCUCCUGAUUGACCUUUCGAAAGCGACUACUCUCGCCCAGUUAGCCCUCAGUGCAUCUAACUGCGAAGAAGUAAAAGAGAACAUAGCCCGAGGAGUUUCCCUACUUGGUCCGACAAUCACAUUAGAUACGCUCGUUGAAACUCUGGUCAUAAGCGUUGGUACUUUGUCAGGUGUUCAGAGGCUUGAAGUGCUCUGCUGCUAUGCCUGUCUCUCAGUUGUUGUACACUAUGCAGUUUUCAUGACAUUUUAUCCUGCAGUGCUAUCUUUAAUUCUUGAGCUUGUACGUUGCGGUCCAGGAAGUAGCGUGCCGUGGUCUGAGAAAUCUCCAUUCAUGAAAGCAUGGCAAAUAGAAGACCAAAAACCAAACCCUGUUGUUCAACGUGUAAAACUGAUAAUGUCCGUGGGCCUGGUAGUUGUUCAUGCCCACAGUCGUUGGUCUCUGCAUGAAGAAAACCCUCAGGAUAGCGCGGAGAAAAUGAUCGCAGGUAUCAACAUGAGUGACAAUUCUAACGACAAUGUUGCUUCUCAAGAGCAGUUUAUCAAAUGGUUUCCUAGCAUAGAUAAUAUUUUAAUUUUGAUUCUGAUACUCGCUCUAGUAGCCAAGUUUAUUUUUCAAGACAACAAUCACAUGGCAACAGAAGCCUCGUUAGCAGCGCAUUUGUCACUUGACACCGCUCUGAUAAACAAGUUCACACCUGCAUUGUUGAAUGGUGAAUUCGCUUCCUCCAGGGAUUGGAGGGAAGUAAGCUGUCGUCAAAGUGAGUCUAGAAUUCAUCCCAACACUCCGAAGAAACGCUCUAAUUUAGUUAUGGACAAUAAAUGCUCUCAAACAGACCAUACUUUUAAAAGUGGAGGUAAAGCAGUUGAAUCUGAAAACAAAAUGGUUCAAACAGUGCUUGAUGAGAACGUGGAAAAUGUGGAAACUCCUCUACGGUCAGUAGAAAAUUGUGCAGAAAUCUUUAAAAAUAGUGGCUCAGCUUCAACCUUAACAGAUAAUGAGGUAUGUAACCUAGUGGUCAACGGAGUGAUUCCAGCGUAUCAGGUUGAAAAAGCUGUUAAAAAUCCUGAACGUGGUGUUGGAAUAAGGAGGCGCAUGCUAGCCAUGAAAACUCGCAGACCUGACUUAUUUCAAGAUUUACCGUACAAAGAUUAUGAUUACAGCAAAGUUCUGGGAGCUUGUUGUGAAAAUGUUGUCGGUGUAGUCCCACUGCCAGUAGGAAUUGCUGGCCCAUUAAGAUUGGAUGACGAGUUCGUAUAUGUGCCGCUCGCUACCACAGAGGGUUGUCUGGUCGCAAGUACAAACAGAGGUAGCCGGGCCUUAUCUCAAUGUGGAGUGAAAAGUCGAGUCGUCGCUGAUGGUAUGACACGAGGACCUGUGGUUCGUUUCCCCUCUGCAACUAGAGCCAGUGAAGCAAUGGGAUGGAUGUUGGAGUCCGAUAAUUUUGAUGGAAUGAAGAAAGCAUUUGAUUCGACCAGCCGUUUUGCGCGGCUCACGAAAAUCCAUGUGAGGAUCGCCGGACGAUACCUAUUUGUACGGUUUGUAGCAACAACUGGUGAUGCUAUGGGAAUGAAUAUGCUUUCAAAAGGCACAGAACAUUCACUUAAGUUCGUGAAACAGGAAUUUCCAGACAUGGAAGUCCUAAGUUUGAGUGGUAAUUUCUGCUCUGAUAAAAAGCCUGCAGCCAUCAAUUGGAUUGAGGGAAGAGGGAAAUCUGUGGUUUGUGAAGCUGUUGUUCCAGGGUCUGUAGUAUCAUCCGUCUUGAAAACAACGGUUCAUGCCCUAGUUGAUGUGAAUGUCAGCAAAAAUUUAAUAGGCUCAGCCAUGGCAGGAAGCAUUGGUGGAUUCAACGCACAUGCAGCCAAUAUUGUUACAGCCAUUUUUAUUGCAACAGGUCAGGAUCCUGCGCAAAAUGUAACAAGCAGCAACUGUAUGACCUUGAUGGAGCCAUGGGGUGAGAACGGCCAAGAUUUAUAUGUUUCUUGCACAAUGCCCUCCAUUGAGAUAGGCACAGUUGGUGGGGGAACGAUUCUCUCACCACAAGCAGCAUGUUUAGAGUUGUUGAAAGUGAAAGGACCCAAUCUUGAAAAUCCUGGGGAAAAUGCCAGUCGUCUAGCUCGAGUUGUUUGUGGGACUGUUCUUGCUGGAGAGUUAUCAUUGAUGUCCGCCUUAGCAUCUGGACACCUAGUUCAAAGUCAUUUAACUCACAAUAGAUCUAGUGCUUCAUUAAACAGUUCACUUAACAAUCAAUCUUUUUGCGAAACAGAAUCAAAAGUUAGAAUGACCUCCUCAGUACCAGAAUCCAUGUCUUGAUAUUCUAUGUAAAUCCUUUGAAGUUCCUUAAUCAUGUGGUACUCUAGUAAAAUUCGCUGAAAUGAGAGAAGGAAGCUGUAAAUACAAACUCAAAAGUAAUGGAGUGAAUUGAGGAAGUUGUGUACUUGGGUACUUUUGUUUAGAAUGAGAGAAUCCAAUACGUUGAUGAGGGCUGGUACAGAGGCCCAAAGUGUGAUCUUGUAUCAUCUUAAUUGAUCCUUUCUGCAUUUGAUAUUAGAAUUAAGAUGUUAGUUUUGCAGGUCUCUCAACCAUGUUUUUGUAUGCGCAGCUCAUCUAAUUAGUUCUCCUGCGCAGAAAUAUUCAUGUUUUAUCUGAUGUAUAAAAAAUAAUGCAUGAGCUAACAGCCUCAUAGAUGAUGGACAAUUCCUGUAUUGCUCUAAUUGAUCCUUUGUGAGAUCUUUAUUCCUAUUAGAAGAAUUUUCUAGUUUUGCUAGUACCACUUCCAACAAGACUGAUUCAUCUGAAUUUUUUUGGAAAUAGUUUCCUAAUUGCUAUAAUUAUUUCUUGUUCAAGCUUCUGGAUGUUACCUACGAUUUUUCAAGGCAAUGGUAAACCAGAAGAAUACUAGAUUUGAAGCUUUUUCCAGUGUCUUGAUUAAUAAUUAAAAAAAAAAAAAUUGCCAUUGGAACAUAGUUUCUGAUUAGGAAAAGGAUUUUCAACAUUUAAGAAAUUCAAGAGCAUAUAAGUCUCUUUCCCUGCUAUAAUUAGUAUCAGUGCCUGAAUCCUUCAUUUCCGCACUGAGAUAUUCUUGUUUCUGUUUGAAUAAUCUUGCACUGUAUUGUAUGAAAACAGUUUUGAAAUCCAUGUUUGAGAUACACCUUUUUUCCAGCAUGGUAUUUGGUUUCAGAGAAUAUUCUUGGAGCACAGUUCAUAAAGUUGCGCUGUGUCAGGAAAUGCCUAAAAAAUUGUACUAUGUAUUGUUCCAGUUCUACCUUUGCAUUUGUAAUAAAUUUUCCAAUAAAUUAAAAGGACAAUAAAUAAAUAGGUAAUUUAAAUCCUUUACAUAUCCUGUAUUUGGUAUCUCACCAUUAAUAACAAGUGUUACUUAAUCUGUACAAAUAUUAAUAACUAGGUACUCUGUAUUGAAGUUUCACGAUUCAAUAGCAAUUUCCCUAUCACAGUUGCAAGUUCUUAAGCCGUUUUGAAACUGAAAUUAUUUUGCCCAGUAUUUCAGAGCACAUAUUGAAAGUUUUUCAGACAAAAGCUUCACUGACAAUAAUUGAUGAAGUGUGAAGCAUCUGUCAUUUGCACAAGUUAAUACUGCAUUAGCUGCCAAACCUUAGAGAUUUGUGUCCGCUUGGUAAAACUAAUAUUCUAAAGCAGAGAUUUUGAGUACUCCGAAUUAUUUAUCCGUCAUAAUAAUUAUAUGUAUGAAAAUCACCUAAGGCCCUCAGAUUUUUCCUGUGAAGCUAUUCAAGAAGAUUUGCGCAAAGUGGAGGAUUCUUACCUCCCUUUUUCCAAAUGUUGUACCUUCCUGCUCAUUUUGCAAAUCCUUCAGAAACUGCUGCACAAAGAUAGUGAUUUUCAGUAAACGCACACCUAAACCCUCCAUAGCCAGAACAAACUCCGAGUACCUCAUUACAAACGGUGUGGUUGGCAGUCAUACUAGAAUAGGGAAAAUUUUUUCAAGCGCUAACCAGUUUCGAUUGCUGCCCUAAGAUCCUGAAAAAUAAUCGAAUUGCGACAUGAAACUACUUUUUCGGUGUAGUGGUAGAUCAAUGGAGCUUCCAAAAU